AUGCCGGAAACAAGCAUUACGGAAAUAACAGUGGAAAAAACACCGGCAUAUUUUGUUAGUAAAACUGCUCCCGGACGAGUUCGAAGUUUGAAUUCAACAAUUAAAUUGAUUGUUGUUGUACGAAAUCCGAUUACCAGAGCAAUAUCAGAUUAUACGCAAGCAAUCAGUAAGAAGAGACGAAAUGCUUCCACGCCAAGUUUUGAGGAAAUGGUACUAUCCAAUAGUUCAUAUAAUACAACCGGUAUGAAAGAAUUUAUUAAUGCUUCAUGGGGUGCAAUCCGAAUCGGUAUUUACCAUAAACAUAUUCGAAGGUGGCUUCAACAUUUUCCGCUUCAUCAGAUUCAUUUCGUGGAUGGCGAACGAUUGAUAACAAAUCCUGCUGCUGAAAUUUAUGCUGUUGAACGAUUCCUAACUGUUAAACCAGUUGUUCAACGAUCAAAUUUUGCAACAGAUCCAAUAAAAGGUUUUCCAUGUGUAUUACGAAAAGAUGAUACUUUGCAUUGUUUGGGAAAAACAAAAGGUCGAGCUCAUCCACAUGUACGAUUCGAUGUUAUUCAAAAAUUGGAAGAAUUUUAUCGUCCACAAAAUGAGGAAUUUUUUAAGCUUAUUAACAGAAGUAGUUUCACAUUAUGCACCCACUAUUGUGCUCUGGGCCAUGUUUUGUUCAUAGUUCGGGGGAAGCGUUCAGAUGGUCGGUAUGACGUAGAACGGAUAAGGAGUGGUGGGAGAGGGAAGGGAUUGGUAGGACAGGCGAGAAAAGGAGCUGCAGGAAGAGAGGCUUUCUUUGGAUUUGGUCAAGCUGCGGAAAUCUCGAUCAAAUUGGAUGAUGCGGAUAAUAGGAAAGUAGCUAAAAUACGAUGCGAAGAAGGGGGUCAGGAAACACAUUUUCUGUUUUAUGAUGGUGAAACAAUAUCUGGUACAGUUGGAGUUGCUGCGAAGAAAAAAUUUGAUCAUCAAGGAAUAAGAAUUGAAUUUAUUGGACAAAUCGAAUUAAAUUAUGAUCGUGGUAAUCAGCAUGAUUUUAUAACGUUGAUGAAGGAGUUGGCUCGUCCAGGGGAAUUGACUCAAAAUGCGGUUUUUCGAUUUGAGUUUCCAAAAGUUGAAAAACCAUAUGAGUCAUAUGUUGGUGCAAAUGUAAAAUUGCGCUACUUCCUAAGGGUAGUCAUUGUGCGAAGGUUGACUGAUAUAAUACGCGAAAUGGAUGUUAUCGUGCAUACGCUUUCUUCGUAUCCCGAUACAAAUAACAGUAUCAAAAUGGAAGUUGGUAUUGAAGAUUCUCUGCAUAUUGAAUUCGAAUAUAAUCGCUCCAAAUAUCACCUAAAAGAUGUGAUUGUUGGAAAGAUAUACUUUUUGUUAGUUCGGAUCAAAAUUAAGUUUAUGGAAAUUGCAAUAAUCAAACGAGAAACAGUAGGGAAUUCGCCAAAUAUUUUCAACGAGAAUGAAACAAUAGCAAAGUACGAAAUAAUGGAUGGCGCACCCGUGAGAGGUGAAUCAAUUCCAAUACGUCUUUUCCUAGCUGGUUAUGAUUUGACACCAACAAUGCGUGAUGUUGGUAAAAAAUUCUCAGUUCGCUAUUAUUUGAACCUUGUUUUGGUUGAUGAAGAAGAUCGUCGUUACUUCAAGCAACAGGAGAUGACAUUAUGGCGUAAAGCUGAUAAAAUAAAUCGGCACAUUUCGGUGGAAAAUAUGUCCGGAACAAAAACCAAUGGAGAAACGGCCACAGCGACAGCAGUUCAGCACACAAAGAAGAUUGAAGGUGGCAAGUGA